GGGCCUCGGGCACUUUCCUGUCCAUUUCAGAACCCAGCGGACCCCCACCCCUCCGCGAGAGCCCUGGGGAAGAAAUGACCUCCACGACCCCACUCCCCUCUGGGGAUCUAGCUGCAAGCGUGGACAAAAGAAGUUACAGCUAAGGGGUCACCGGGGAGCCACCCCCAGCAGGUUGCGACGGCCCGGCCUCCAGUCCGAGCCAGUGCGGGCCGCCCCGCGACGGAGGGGGCCGGCCGCUCCUUCCGGCUUGCGAGCGGAAGUGGGCGAAUUUGAAUCCUGCUAGCCGUUGACUGCGGCAGCUGCGAGUGAGCAGCGAAAAGUGACAGGGUCGUCUUGGAGCUAGGAUUCAGCGCGCCUUGGGAAGGAGCAAAAUGAAUGAAAAUAAACCUGGUGACUCGCAGAACCUUGCUUGUGUUUUCUGUCGAAAAAAUGAUGACUGUGCUAAUAAAUAUGGAGAAAAGAAAACUAAUGAGAAAUGGAAUCUCACUGUGCAUUACUAUUGUUUGUUGAUGUCAAGUGGAAUUUGGCAGAGAGGUGAAGAAGAAGAAGGAGUUUAUGGUUUUCUAAUAGAAGACAUCAGAAAGGAAGUGAAUAGAGCUUCUAAACUGAAAUGCUCUGUUUGUAAGAAAAAUGGUGCUUCAAUUGGAUGUGUAGCACCUCGAUGUAAACGAAGUUACCAUUUCCCAUGUGGGCUUCAGAGAGAAUGUAUUUUCCAGUUCACUGGCAAUUUUGCGUCAUUUUGUUGGAAACAUCGUCCUGUUCAGAUUAUUACAACUAAUAAUUACAGAGACUCUAUACCAUGUACCAUUUGUUUGGAAUUUAUAGUACCUGUUCCUACUUAUAGCGUAUUACGAAGUCCUUGUUGUAAGAAUGCUUGGUUUCAUAGAGACUGUGUACAGGUUCAAGCAAUAAAUGCAGGAGUAUUUUUCUUUAGGUGUACAAUAUGCAAUAAUAGUGACAUCUUUCAGAAAGAGAUGUUGAGAAUGGGAAUUCAUAUUCCUGAAAAAGAUGCAUCUUGGGAAUUAGAGGAAAAUGCUUAUCAAGAGCUUUUAGAGCCUUAUGAACAUUGUGAUGUACGAAGAUGUCGUUGCAAAGAAGGGCGAGACUAUAAUGGACCUGACAGCAAAUGGGAAAUAAAGCGCUGUCAGUGUUGUGGUUCUAGUGGAACACAUUUAGCCUGUUCUUCACUACGAUCUUGGGAGCAAAAUUGGGAGUGUUCAGAAUGUAGAAGUAUUAUCUACAAUUCAGAUUUCCGAAAAGCAAAAAAACACUCAUUAUCUAACUCUAAAAAUGUGGCAAUUACUGAUUGUUUGUUGGAAGAAUCAUCACCUAAGUUACCCAGACAAUCACCUGGAGCUCAGAGUAAAGAUCUACUAAGGCAAGGCAGCAAGUUUAAAAGAGAUAUUUCAACAAUAUUGAUAGAGUUAGGAUUUCAAAUUAAGAAAAAAUCUAAAAGAUUAUGUAUCAAGAAAGCCGAUAUCUGGAACAGUGCCUUAGAUGAAUUUAGAAAUCAAAACUUCAAUCCUUCAUACAUAAUUGAAGUAGUAUUUAUUGAGAGUGAUAAUUUUGGAAGAGAACAUCCAGGAUCAAAGCAAGAAUUUCUGAGUCUCUUAAUGGAACAUCUUGAGAACUCUCCAGUGUUUGAAGGUUCCUUGUCAAAGAACUUAUCUCUGAAUUCUCAAGCUAUAAAAGAGAAUCUUUACUAUGAAGCUGGCAAAAUGCUUGCCAUUUCUUUGGUUCAUGGUGGUCCUUCACCUGGUUUCUUUUCUAAAACGUUGUUUAACUGCCUUGUUUAUGGACCAGAAAAUACUCAACCAAUUUUAGAUGAUGUAUCAGACUUUCACAUGGCACAAAUUAUAAUCAGGAUAAAAACUUCAAAAAAUAUGGAUGACUUAAACUCAGUAAUAAAUGAAUGCUAUAACUACCUAGAACCUAUUGGUUGUCUCAGACUUAUAACAGCAUUAACUGAUAAAUACAUGUUGGCAGAAGACAUACUUGUUUACCAUGUAAUUAAGAGAGUCCAAGCACCCUUUGAAAGUUUUAAGCAGGGUCUCAAAACUCUUGGUGUGUUGGAAAAAAUUCAGAUGUACCCAGAAGCAUUUUAUAACAUCCUCUGUCAUAAAGCUGAGAAUCUUUCUGCAAAAAUCCUCAGAGAUCUUUUUACUGUACACACAUUAACUAGUGUACCAGCAUUGGGGUUUUGGAACAAGUACCUACAGAGUGUUGAGGAUGGUAAAUCUGCAAUAACAAUGGAAGACAUUCUUGUUUUUGCAACUGGUUGCAGUUCCAUUCCACCUGCUGGAUUUAAGCCCACUCCUUCAAUUGAAUGUCUGCAUAUGGAUUUUCCCAUUGGAAACAAAUGUGAAAACUGUUUAGCUCUUCCAAUCACCAGUACAUAUGAAAAAUUUCAAGAAAAUAUGGACUUUGCCAUAAAAAACACUUUAAGACUAGGAAAAGAAAAAUGUUCUCACCAUGAUGAACAUUAAAAUAUUUCUGUGAACAAAGAAAUGCUUCUUUAAAAGCUGCUAUUGAUAACAUUCCUUUGUCUCAGAAAUCUAUUAAUCAUAUUUUUGAACAAAUUUGUCAUCUUCUUGGUCUAUUAAAACUUAGGAUAUGUACAUAAAAGAAUGUUUUGGCCAUUUAAACAAAAAUUUUUUUGUUAAAGCCUUCCAGUCAAAAUUGGUGAUAUUUUUUGUUUUCUAAUAUGUAUGCUUUACAAACUUCAACAUACUUUUAGAAUGGUUGUACAGGUUUAAAACAGGUGUAGAAACAUCUUAAAUACGAAAACCCUAAUCUUUUAAUAAAUUAGAAUUGCCUAAGGAUGCCAUGAUUUUUCUAGUUAUGCAAUUUUCAAAUUCUUUAAGCAUUAAAUAGAAAGACUAGCUGAAUGUGGUGAUGUAUGCUUGUAAUCCCAGCAACGAGAGGUUGAGGCAGGAGAAUUACUGUGAAUUCAAGGCUAAUCUGGACUACAUAAUGUGUUCAGGGCCAGCCUGAACUUCAUAGCAAGAUCCUAACUCAAAAAAAAAAAACAAAAAAAAAAAAAACUUUUUCAGUUAAAGCCUUAAAAAUAAAAGGUAUAUAUUCUGGAGUAUGCAGUAUAUAUAUGAUUAUAUAGAAUGGCACUAAAUUCAUUCUAAGAUGUUUUUAGAUUACUGAUUUAUAUAUAAAUGCUCCAUACUGCAAUUAUAUUGUACCUAAGAGGAAGUAGUAAAUAGAAAGCAGAAUUGCACAGUUAUUCUGGAAUGGACAUCCUAUAGGCUUAAAAACACUUUCUGAGAUGAAUAAAAUGUAGUAAAAAAUACUUAGGACAAUGUAUCUUCUUUAAAACCAUGAUUUUAAUCAUGAGGGUUUUUCCCCCUGUAUCUUAUGUAUGUUAUUCAAUGUGUUUGAUCCAGUCACUUUACAUAUCUGAAUGUAGACUAUCAUAUGGUUGAUUUGCUAUUUGACACUUGUUAUCAGGAUAAGCUGCUAUCAUAGCAUUAUACAGUUAGUUACCUUCUUUACUUUUGAAAUAUACCUGGUGUCUAGCUGGGCAUUAUGGCAGAAGCCUGUAAUAUCCCAGCACUCAGGAAGCUGAGGCAAGAGGAUCUGUCCUGACUUUAGGGCAGCCUGAAUUACAUAGCAGGAUCCUGUCUCAAAGGAAAGGAAAAAAAAAAGGAAAUAUACCUGUUUUUGUAUUAGCAAUGAAUAAAUAAACUUAUAAAAAGAGUUACAAAUAGAGGAAACUCCCACACAAUAUUUUGUUUUUGUGUAUUCUUCUAUAAACUCUUAUUUUUAUUUUUACUAUAUUAAUGCUAUUAGAAGUAACAAAAAAUCAUGUAAUAAUUUGAAUAUAUACUAUCCCAUAGUCAUAUCCCCAUAUUUAUACCUUUACAAAGGAAAAGAAAUUGUAAAAAACUGUCACAAGUCUGUUAUCAAACAAAAAUGAAACAAAGCCACUGUUUUCUGUUAAUCAAAUUACAUGAAGAUCGAUUUGAUAUAGGUAAUUUCUAUCAAUACCAAAUACAAUUCUAGUAUAAUUUUAUUACUUCAUUUUUAUCUAGUUAUCUUUAUUCUAAGACAUCACAUUAAAUUAAGUUAAACUUUUUUUUAAGUAUUUAAUAAAAUUAAACUAGGCAUUUCUUUCUGUUAGAUUGUCAAAAAUAAGGGCCAGUUAAUCAAAAACUACUUUGAAUUUCUAAACUUCAAACUCUACUACACAACCUUUAUUCCAAAUGUGUUAAUAAAGUGGACAGUUCUAUCUAGCUUAUCUAAAGUAUUACAAGCUGUUAAAUCAGUGCAACCCCACAAAGCUAAUUAGUUUUCUGGUUUGUAUUUUUAGUUUCUGCUAGAAUAGUAAAGCUCAACAUUUGUGUACUUUGUUGGGAUGGGGUAACGGUGGUGUGUUUGGGUUAGCUACAAUUAAAAACAUUGUAUCAGUUUCUCAUACAGAAAAAAGAAUAAAUAGGGCUUUAGCAGUAAGCUAGUAUAAAUAAUUUAGGCUAUUGCCUCUUAAACACUGUACUACAAGAUUUUUUCUGGUUUGUAAGCUGUUCCGUUAGUAUGAUUUUUAGGUUAAUCUGUAUAGACGAGCCAUAUCAGAAAACUUACUUUCCACAGUGUUACUAUGUCAGAUGGUUGGCAUUAUAAUUCUUUUUCUAUUCAUGUUAUAGCAAAAUUCUUACUGAUACUGAAUUUUUAAAAGGAAUCAUGCUAUAAGUCUAUAUGCAAACAUAUAAUAUGUUUGCAUUUCUUAAAUACUUCAACUACCUAAACGCCAUAUAUUUUGAACUUGUUUACUCUUAAUAUUGGUGAAAUUAUAAGACAUCUAUUGUUAAUGGUUUAGUUUUAUAAACAGUAUUUAAACUGUUAGUAUGGGAAUAUUAUCUGAAGGCUUUUUGUACAAAACUUGUAUUCUUGUGCUUGUUUCAUUCCUGUUUGAGUAUUUAAGGUAAAGAUUCUUUAAAGUAUGAAAAUUCCUUAUGAUUUCGUACUUUGUAAUACUUACUUUGUGUUGUGAAGGGUUUUCUUUUUUGGUUUGGAUUAAGUAAAAAUCCUUCAUUUGAUACUAAAUCAAUUUACUUUGAUUUAUAUUAUAUGUAUUUAUGCUCCCACCGCCACCAAGUACAUGCAAACUAUUGGAACUUCUGCAUUGUAACAUUAAAGAGGAAUAUAAUGGA